GGUUACGCUUCUAAAUAUUAUAUGCUGUCCGUUGUCUAAUAAUGGGGAGCAGUACCAACAAAGUCCGAGUAUGGUGCCGAAUUAAACCAACUUCUAAUUUUGUCUCUAAUGUGAUAAAUAUAUCUCCCGACAAAAAGAGCAUUAACAUACAUGCUGGUCAAAGUGUCAAGCAAGAUGUAGUAAACAACCAGAUUCAUGACUGGUUAUUUAAACUUGAUGGUGUACUACAUAAUGUUAGUCAAGAAGAGGUAUACAAUGAAGUUGCUGCAGACCUUGUUAAUGCCGCCCUAAUGGGUUACAAUGGAACCAUCUUAUGUUAUGGACAAACAGGAGCUGGUAAAACUUUUACUAUAUCAGGAGUGCACGAGAAUUUUCAGUAUCGGGGACUAAUUCCCAGGGCAAUUUCUCAACUCUUCAAGCAGAUUGAAGAUUGUACAGAAAAUGUAAUUUCUGUAAGAAUUUCCUACCUUGAAAUUUACAAUGAAACCUUGUUUGAUCUUUUGUCAACUCUGCCGGAAUAUGUGGAGCAUUUUGUUCCUGACCAACUGAGCAUUGUUGAAUCAGAUAAGAACGUCUACAUCAAGGGGCUGUCAUACCAUUUGGUGCGCAAUGAAGAAGAGGCUCUUAAUUUACUGUUUGAGGGCGAAACGAACCGGAUUAUUGGUCAACACAGUCUCAACAGUCACUCGUCACGGUCUCAUUGUAUUUUUACUAUUUUUGUGGAGUCCCAUUCUUCUGUGGAUUCGGACGCAAAAUAUACUAUCUCAAAGCUCAAUUUCGUUGAUCUUGCUGGCUCAGAGAGGCUCAAGAAAACUCAGUCAGCUGCUAAGACACAGGCAGAAGCGUUGUACAUAAAUAAAUCACUGUCAUUUUUGGAACAAGUCGUCGUAGCAAUGGCGGACAAAAAGAGAGAUCAUAUUCCAUUCCGUCAGUCAAAACUGACUCACUUUUUGAAGGAUUCAAUUGGAGGUCACAGUAAUACUGUGCUCAUUGCAAAUGUCUGGGGAGAAUUGCAACAAAUUGAAGAAACGAUAUCGACCCUUCGGUUUGCCACUCGAAUGAUGUGUGUGCCAAUGGUUCCUACUGUGAAUAGAUAUGAUGACCAUAAGAUUUUGGUAAAGAAAAUGAAACAAGAAAUUUCUCAGUUGAAGGUAGAAUUGGCUAUGCACGACACACUUGCAAACAGAACUCAGAUCAAUUAUGAACCAUUAACAUAUCAACAAAAACUUGAUUUGAAAAGACAACUUGAAAGAUUCCUUCAAGGUUCCCUGGAUGAAUUAGAGAUAAUUAAUGUUUGUCAGAUUCAAACUUUAUUUGAUCUGUUUCGAGAAAUGUACAACAACCUAGAGAAGAAUAUUGAAGAAAACCUAAAACAACGCUACAAAACGUUAGAAAGCGCAGAAACUGCUGCACCAGAAACCACUACUAUUUUACCAGAUAACUUCCCCUUGGUUGGGGAAAUCGAUAGCCAAGGCUUCAGUGUUGGGACCAGUGUCCGGUCAGCCAAAACUGACCAAUCACCUGUUGUACAACUGAAGAAGAGUGCCAAAGAGAAGGAGAAGAGGAAAUCAAGAGAAGUUAACAGCAGCAAACUAGUGGCUUCAACACCAACAAGGUAUGAAAGGAAAUCACCACCUACUGUUUCACCCAAUGGUAUAGUUGAGAAAAAGUCUGAUGAAAUUGUUGUCACACCGUCUGACAAUGUUUUAGAAAAACUAAGUGAAAGACCGGGCACUCCUCCACAAAGGUCUGUUGCCUUCGAAGAAUUUAAACAUGACCAAGGCAGUGAGGUGAAUAAAGAGUUGUCAGCAAACAAAGAAACUCUUAACACACUAAAGAAAAAUUAUGUAACGCUGGCACGAGAAAUCAACAUGAUAAAGUGUGAGAUUGACAACACAAAAUACAGACUCGAAGAAAGCAAAGCUGAGAGAGUAAAGCAAGGGACCCUAUAUAGUGAUGAAGGAGAAGAAGCAAUUAGUGAAGAAGAAUUCCAACUUGUAAAAACUCUGAAAAAUCUCAAACGAGAUUAUCGUUCUAAAUUUGACCAAUUAAUGGAUUUGAAGACUGAAGUGUCCUACUACCAAAAUUUGGUGCACCAUUGUCGGCAAAAGUUAGUUCAAGAGUUUGAAAACUGGUUUGUAGAAUGUUUCUUACCAAACGGAGAAGAUGUGACAAGUGGAAACCAACGUUUUAAGUUAAAUUCAUCUUUGGAGGAUGAAUUGGAAAAGUUUGACCGGCUUCAGAAUGAGCUGCUGUUGACUGAAGAGACUGCUCUUCCUUUCCACAAAGCUUACAUGAACACACAACAGAGAAAAAACUAUAUCAGAAAUACAAACCAGACGAACCAAAGUGAAAUUAAGAAAAUCAUUCCACUCACCAAUAAAGCAUAGAUAUUUGAUAAGAAAUUCCUUCACGAUAUACAAAGAAUGGAUAAGAAACAAAAAGGAAACCUUUUUGCAGUGAUUGCGAUAAUCAUUAAAUUUUCAGCAACGAUA